AAGCUUGGAGCUGAACCAGAGGCAUCACAUCAUGCAUCUGCUGCCGGAAACUGAUUGUGGGCCCAAGGCAUGGGCAGUGCUCAAGGACCUGCACGCUCCGACAUCGGUUGCCGCUUCUCUCAUGCUGGAUCGGGAGCUGUCCAUGCUGCGGUUGAGCGAGAAUGAACCUGGGCUGCGAGGAGAUCGUGUGCUAUGGGAUUUACACGAAAGCAGAGAUGUCUUGAGAUCCAUGUGGCAGAUCCCUGCGCUGAUAUGGGAAUCAACAAAGAAGGAGGUGGGAGCAGUAAAGGCGGGAUCUGGAGUCCAGGGGGAGUGCAAUGCAGAAGAAGCAGUAAAGGGGCUGAAGCUUUCUGGGCAACCAAAUGAUACCAAGUGCGAGACGUGUCUGCUGAGCAAGUUCACACGGUUCCCCUUUCACGGCGUAGCUGGGAAAAGCAAGGCAGCACUGGAACUGGUGCACAUGGACCUGGUAGGACCUUUCAGUCAAGGAAAGAAGGGGGAAAGAUACUUCCUAACAAUAGUUGAUGACUGGAGUCGGCUGAUGUGGGUAUACCCGUUGAAGCAGAAGGAUCAUGCUGCCUCAACAAUACGAGAUGACUGGCUCCCGGCUGGGAACUCCAUGUGGCCUCAUGCGGUGAGGCAUGCUACAGUGGCAAGGAACCGCGUACUCAUAAAGGUGGCUGAUGAUAUGUGGGUGCCGCUGGAGAGGUGGCUUGGAAAGAAGCCUCCACAGCAGCAAGAGGCUUCCAAAACACCAAGUCUGCCAAAGCGAAGGAAACAGAUUGGUGGGGGGACAAAGGAUUGGGUGAAGGCUAUACAGUGCAAGUGGCUGGCAAAAAUCAAGACGGAUGAGAAAGGAGAGCCAUCAGUUUACAAGAGCAGGCUGGUGGCAAAGGGGUUUCAGCAGAAAGAGAAGGAAGACUACAAAGAAGUGUUUGCCCCAACUGCUAAGUCUCCAACGCUACGUGUGCUGCUGGCGGUAGCUGCUGUGCGCAAAUGGAAGAUGAAGCAGAUGGACAUCAGACGGCGAAACAAGCCGACAGUCUGAGGGGGAGUGUGUUGGUGCAUAUUCGUUUGCACGUCAUCCUGUCGUCUGUUCGCAUCAUUUCGUUGCAUGUGUUUUGUGUGCUACGUUGUUUGUGUGGUUUGUUGGGUUUGCAUGUCUUUGCAUGU